AUGAGUCUCCUCGAGGUGAUACAGCGUAUCGUUGGGCCAUGGCUCAUGCUAGCUGACUCCGCGUACUACCUGCCCGUCACCAUCGUGGGCCUCGUUCGAUCGGGUAAUUGGUCAACCCUUUUCAACUGGAGCAAAUUCCAGUCGGCCUGGUUUGGUCGCUUCUGGGGCUACAUGGGACCGCAAGUGCGGAAGGGUGUCGAGCCUAUUGUCGUUCCCCUCCUCAAGGGGCGCUUCAGCCACGGUCGCAAGCUCAACGACGGCGAGGAGAUAUCCACCGCGCCUCUGCCUGUGAGCGGGACCGUCAUUGAGGUCGGCCCCGGCUCUGGCAUGUGGGUUUCAGUCUUCAAGGAGAUUGGCAUCACCACCCAGGCGACUGCCGAAGGCGCUGUUCGCCAGAGGAAGGGCAUUGCAUCCACAUCCGCUACGGUGAGCACAUCGGGGGGCGUCACAAAGAUUUACGGUGUCGAGCCGAAUGCGGGCGUGCAUGAUGCGCUGCGCCAGCGCGUACAUGACGCCGGCUUGGAGGAUGUCUAUGAGAUUGUGCCUGUCGGGAUCCAGGAUGUCGCCGCCAUCUCGGACGCCAUCACGACCAACAGCGUCGAUUGCGUCGUCACAAUUUUGUGCCUUUGCGGCAUUCCGUCGCCACGGGAAAACAUCCGCGCCCUGUACGACUACCUCAAGCCUGGCGGCCGCAUGUACGUCUUUGAGCACGUCUGCAACCGCAAGCACUGGUCCAUCUACCUGUACCAGAAAUGGAUCAACCUGUUCUGGCCGAUUAUGGUUGGCGGCUGCGAGCUCCAGCGCGAUACCGGCCGCUACUUGCGCGACGCUGGUCCUUGGACGAAUGUCGAUUUGUCGCCACUUUCCGGCGAAUUGUGGUUCCAAUCAGUCCCUCACGUUGUUGGUGUCUUGACAAAGUAA